AUGGACCUUGCCACACGCAUCGCAACAGCGUAUGACGCUGCGUGUGUGCGUGCCGCCACGCCUGGCGUGGCCGAAUCUGACACUAGCACAGCUGGAGGAUUCAUAGUAGACGUCAAUGACGAAACUGCGGGCGGAUUCGUUCGAGAGACGUCGUGCUUUUCAAACAGUAAUGCUUCUCCCGUUCUACCAGUGUCCGCGCUUCCUUAUGCGCUUGAUACAUUGGAGCUAGAGGGCGCGAAGCGUCGUGACGUGCAGGAACUAUUAGAGGCACAUUCUGGAUAUGAUGAGAUGCAUGCUGAACCGGUCGUGCCGCGCACAUACUUUCUUGAAGCUGUGGAGGCCGUCAUGGGUGGGAUACGGCGUUCGAAACGAAGACGUCUCGUGCGUCGCCAGAAUGGCGAAGAAGCCUCAUCAAAUUCCGAUGGGGGUACAGCGAGUCAAGAUGAAUAUGCGCCUCCAGAUAAAGAGCCUGCUUUCAGUUCUGAUGAAGAUGAUACCGGAGCUCGAGAUGAGAACGACCGUGCUGCAUCGUCAAUGUCGUCCGCUCAAGUGUCUAAACAUGACAAAAAUACAAACAUUUCCAAGGCUAAAAAGGAACAAGGUCGUCUCCUUUAUCGCUUAUUACUAGAAAGAAUACCCCUUGUGGCACCAACAAUGCUGGCAAACUACCCUAGUAUUGGUAUACGCGAAGACGUGACAGACGAAGAGAUUGAGUCUCGGCAGAUUGGCAUUGACGAACUUCGGUACGCCACCCGAAGCUUGGGAGAAUCACGCAGUACAAGCGAGCUUGCCGACAUGUUGUACGAGGCACAGGCUUUGGCGUCUAACUCUACACAAACCCGCUCACGAGCUCCAGCUGAGGCACCGCGCAUUGGAUUGAACGAAUUCACGUUUAUUACGGGGCGUGCAGGUGUGAUUCCCUAG